GCACUCCUCUGCUGUGGAACGGGAUUCUCUGAUUCCUGCACCAUGGACUGGCUGCUGAGUCUCUGCCUUUGCCUCUCCUGCCCAGCUUUAUUAGCGGCUCACGUUGUCGUUGCAGAGAAUGAUGGUGACCCAGGGGUGGUGCGUGACCCUAUAGCAAGGUUAAUUAAGAAAAGGAGCAGUGAUCCGCAAGCGGUCUUCGACAUUGAAAUCUACAGUCUGAAAGUGGACUGCAAGGUCACCUCCCGCUUCGCACGCAGCGUGAUCACCAGCCGCGUGGUCAAUCGAGCCAACGUGUCCAGAGAGGUGUUCUUCGACGUGGACCUGCCCAAAACAGCCUUCAUAACCAACUUCAGCAUGGUGAUUGAUGGCUUGACGUAUGUGGGAGUCGUGAAGGAGAAGGCAGCUGCCAAGAAGCAGUACCAGCAGGCUGUGUCCCAGGGGCAGACUGCAGGGCUGGUCAAGGCAUCGGGUAGGAAGAUGGAGAAGUUCACAGUCUCCGUGAACAUUGCCGCCACCAAGAAAGUGACCUUCGAGCUGACCUACGAGGAGCUGCUGAAGCGCAACCAGGGUCAAUACGAGCUGCUGAUCCGAGUGAAGCCCAAGCAGAUUGUGCAGCACUUCGAGAUUAAUGUGGAUAUCUACGAACCACAAGGCAUCCGCUUCCUGGACGCUCACGGCACUUUUGUAACGAAUGAUUUGACACAACUCAUUGAGAAGACUGUCACAGAAACGAAGGGUCACGUCUCGUUCUCCCCAACAGUGGACCAGCAACGUAGCUGCCCGCUGUGCCAAACCUCCACCAUAGACGGGGACUUCGUUAUAAACUACGAUGUGAACUGGGACACGCCUGCCGGAGACAUACAGAUCUUGAACGGAUACUUUGUACACUAUUUUGCACCAACCAAUCUGAAGAGACUGCCCAAGAAUGUCGUCUUUGUGAUUGACCAGAGUACCUCCAUGAUGGGAACCAGAAUAAAACAGACCAAAGAAGCUAUGCUUGCGAUCCUGGCUGACAUUCACCCAGACGACCACUUCAGUAUCAUCUCCUUCGACAGCACUGUGACCAAGUGGAAGCCAUCCAUAAUAGAAGCCACUGCAGAGAAUAUAGAGGCAGCCAAGCAGUAUGUGAACAGCCUUUACGCACGAGGGUGGACCAACAUUAAUGAUGCAUUGUUGGAAGCUAUCAGCAUGCUGGAUGAGGCCAUGAAACAGCACACAUUAACAGAGCACAGCAUCUCUCUGAUUAUUCUAUUAUCCGAUGGAGAUCCGACGAAGGGAGAAACGAACCGUGCACAAAUCCAGUCUAAUGUUAAGAAUGGCAUUGGGGGGAAGUACCCCCUGUACUGCCUCGGGUUCGGCUAUGAUCUGGACUAUUCCUUCAUUGAGAAGAUGGCACUGGAAAACCAUGGCGUUGCUCGGAGGAUUUACGAGGACUCCGACUCGGCCCUGCAGAUGCAGGGUUUCUAUGACGAGGUUGCUAGCCCCUUGCUCUCGCAGAUUGAGUUGAAGUACCCUGAGAAUGGCGUGGCUGACCUCACUGAGCGCUCGUUCCAGCAGUAUUAUAACGGGUCAGAGAUCGUGGUGGCGGGUCGGGUCACAGGCAACGAGCUGGACGCGUAUAACAUGGAAGUGAUUGCUAAAGGGGCAGAGGGAGAUCUGUUUCUAAAGAACCAGAGAAAGGAACAAGACCAGGAGAAAACCUUUGAGGACCCGCAGUACAUCUUUGGUGAAUACACCGAGCGACUCUGGGCUUACCUAACCAUCCAGCAGCUGCUCAGCAAGAGGGUUUCAGGUACGCCCGAAGAGAAAGCCAACAACACGGCCCGCGCUUUAGAGCUGUCCCUGAAAUACAACUUUGUGACCCCGCUUACCUCCAUGGUGGUGACCAAGCCAGAAGACACGCUGGACAGCACCAUGCUGGCUGACAAGCUGACAGAAGCUGAAUCCAGAGGACCACCCCAAGAUGGUCAAGCACACCGAGUAUCUUCAUCGCCCCAGUCAAACUAUCAUUAUGCCAGUAGAUACAUCCCUCCAGUGACAAGCGUUGACGGAGACCCCCACUUCAUUAUCCCAGUCCCCAAACAGAACGACACCAUUUGUUUCAAUGUCGACGAGAGACCGGGAGUGAUUUUCAACCUGGUGAGAGAUCCACUCACAGGCAUCACUGUUAACGGGCAGACCAUCGGGGAUAAGAAGAUCGACCCCAACAAGAAGCUCAACACGUACUUCGGGAGGUUUGGAAUUGUGAACGAGAAGCUGGGGCUCAAGCUGGAAGUAACAACGCGGAGUAUAGAAAUCACGAGCGGCAAGGAGAAGAUGGCUUUCACCUGGUCCGACACGGUUUCAAUGAAGCAACGCAGUUUUGCUCUGCAGAUUAACAAGGAGAGGAAUCUGGUGGUGAUGAUGGGAGACAGCGUGCAGUUUGUCAUCGUGCUGCACCGCGUUUGGAAGGACCACCCGUUCCACCAAGACUACCUGGGCUUCUACACCAUCGACAGCCAUCGGCUCUCCAGCAAGACCCACGGCUUAUUGGGACAGUUUUACCACGACCUCAGUUUCGAGGUGGGUGAGAUCCACCAGGGGACAGACCCAGAGAAACCUGACGCCAUGAUGAUGAUAAAAGGACAGGAACUUACUGUCACCAGGGGCUGGCAGAGGGACUAUCGGGAGGAUAUCAAGCAUGGUGUGCAGGUCCCCUGCUGGUUCGUACACCACAACGGGACGGGGCUGAUCGACGGAGUCCACAGCGACUACAUCGUUUCAGGAAUAUUCAAAACGAAAUAAUAAAAUCAAUUCUUAUGCAGUGAAAUGUUGAUAUACAGUAAAGUAUAAUCCUUGAUAAUUGAAUGACAAUAUGGUCUAACCGAGUUCAUGAACGACAGAAUAACGAGGGGGCUGCUGUGCAAAAAGAAACAAAGUCCAACGACAAGCGCUUCAACUGAAAGUCUUUCUCAGCGUCAAUGCAGACAGACAGAGACUCUUCAGAUAACUGUGCUUUACCUUGUACAAACAGCUGUGUCUCUAUCGAUUCUCAAAUAAAUGUGCUCGGCAAUAAA